UGUUAUUAUAUCUUUUUAUUGAUAAAUCUUUAGUAAAAUGGGUCUAAAGUCUGUGUUGUGUGCUAAGAUAGAAAUGAAGGCUAAUAAGAAUGUGUUUCAUGAUGUUUUUACAAAUAAACCACACCAUGUCUUUACUAUGUGCCCUUUGCAUGUACAAGGCUGUCAGCUUCUUGAGGGUACCUUUGGAACGGUUGGAUCCAAAAUCUGUUGGACGUAUACUCUUGAGGGGAAAAGAAGAUCAACUAUAGAUCAUGUAAAAAAGGUGCUCACACUCAAAGAAUUUGAAGGUGAUCUAGUUAAUAAAUAUGAUAAUUUGAAGAUAACUCUUCAUAUCGAAACAAAAGGAGAAAUCGAUUUGUUAUGUUGGACAAUGGAGUAUGAAAGGCCAAAUGAGAAUGUACCUGAACUUAUAAAUUUGUUGGGCUUCAUUGUUGAUAUGACCAAAGCUAUUGAUGAUCAUCAUGUCAAGGUUAAAUAGUUGUUUGUUUGUUGUUUGAGAGUACGUACGUUUUAUAGAUUUGAUGUCUGUUGUGUAACUUCCCCAUGUAUUAAUGAUACGUUAUCAACUACGUAAUCUUUGUGUUGUGUAAUGAGACAUGGUUCUGAAGUUUAUA